AUGAUAACAGUAGUAGUAGGCGUAGGUGUAGAUAUAGAAGUUGUGAUAUUGAUAGCAGGCGCAGAAAUUAUGAAAUCAGUAGUAGUAGGUGCAGGUAUAGAAGUUGUGAUAUUGGUAGUAGAUGUGGAAGUCAUGAAAUCGGUAGUAGUAGGUGCAGAUGCAGGUGUAGGCAUAGGUACAGGUGUGGAAGUCAUAAUAUUGGUAGCAGAUGUGGAAGUCAUAAAAUCAGUAGUAGUAGGUGCAGAUAUGGAAGUUGUGAUAUUGGUAGCAGGUGCAGAAGUCAUGAAAUUGGUAGUAGUAAGUACAGGUGUAGGCAUAGAUACAGGUGUGGAAGUCAUGAUAUUAGUAGUAGGUGCGGAAGUUGUGAAAUCGGUAGUAGUAGGUGCAGAUACAAAAAAUAUAAUAUCGGUAGUAAAUGUAGAUACAGGUAAGAUAGGUGUAGAAGUUGUAGAUACAAGUAAAAUAGGUGUGGAAGUUAUAGUGGUCGAUAUAGAUGCAGGUGCAGAAGUCAUAAUAUCAGUAGUAGUGGUGGUAGAUAUAGGUGUGGGUUUAGAAAAUGUGGCAGCUGUAAUAGUGGUAAAUAUAGAUGCAUAUAUAGUGAAAAUAGGCGAAGUUGUAAUAGAAGUAUCAGAUUCAGAGUUUAAUAAUAAAAAAGUAUCAAAUUCAGGGUUUAAUAACGAUUUAAUAGAGCUGGCUUGUUGA